UCACCUCCAUCCAUCCACCCCCCCCCACCCCCCCUCACUGAAGAGCCCGUGUCCCCGGUCAUGUCUCUGCUGCUCAUCUCAGUGCUGUCUUCUUCACUUCUGCUUCCAGACGCAGAUGCGUGGGGCGCAAACGUCAAGUACGCGGUGAACUGUCCGGACAGCUGCAGUCCGGCGGCGUGCGGCGCGGCGCAGCGGUGCGCACGGAGCGUCCUGGAUGACUGCGGCUGUUGUCAGGUCUGUGCGGCCGGCAGAGGGGAGCACUGUUACCGCACGGUGUCGGGGAUGCACGGGGUGAAGUGCGGACCGGGAUUAUUCUGCGACUUCUACAAGGAUGAGGACGACUACGGAGACGAGUACGGGGUUUGUAAAGAUUGUCUGUAUGGGACCUAUGGGGUUGAAUGCCGCAAGACAUGUAACUGCAAAGGUGGCAUCUGCGACAGGGAGACAGGAGCUUGUCUCACCCUCAAAUUCUUUGCCAAAAUAGCCAGCAAGAUGAAGACCGAGCCACAAGCAGGAGCAGAGGUGGGUUCAGGUGAAGUCAGCACCACCCAGAACACACUUCAACAUCCGGGCCGAUCCAGCGCUCCAAAGUGGCUCCACCCCCGCUGAGCAGCACUGACAGGAGCGCAGCGCCUCAGUGUAAAUGUAGCAUUAACUUAUAAAAAUGAACUGAAAGAUCUAUUUUAUUAUGUUAAACACGGGGAAACUUUUUUAUGACAUUUGGAGGUUUUUGAUUUGACUAAUCUGAUCCUUGUUUGAAAACGUUCCUGAUGUUCCCAGUAUAUUCAGCUUAUGUCUUUAAGUUGUUUUUUUUGUUUGUUUUGUAUGCUUUUUUUUAAGCUAACUGAAGUGUCAUGAUCCUGUGCUCUGUGCCGUUAGCUUCCACGUCCACCUGACUCUUCCUUAGUGUGCCUUCGUUGAGGAGCGUUCAUGUCAACAGCCUUGCAUUUAUUUAACCCAUAAAGGCCCAGUGCUAGUUUUGUGGCAGUUUCCAAAUACAUUUUCCUCCCUAUUUAACCAUUUUUAAGUGA